AGGUUAUGUGAGGCUUGAGAGUCGUAGGCGCCGCCCCUCUCUCUCAAAGGUGUGUGCGCCCUGUGACUCACUUUUACUCAACACUAGAGGCAUUUAACCCCCUCGGACAAGCCUCGGUGACAUUUUUGUAGCCUAUAUGAAUACUGCUGUGUGUUUCUCAUGACGCAGUAGUAACUCAACAGCAGCAUAAAUGUCGUGUCCCGUGUUUAGGAUAUGGCUGUUCGUGCUGGGAGGGUUCGCGGUGUCAGGGAUUCAACAUGUCGGUUGCAUUGAAAUUGUCACACCAGCAGAGAUGGAGGCAGUCAAUGGGACAGACGUGAAACUAAAGUGCACUUUCAGCUCCACCUCACCAGUGUCACUUCAGUCCGUCACAGUGUCCUGGAACUUCCGGCCUCUGGUGCCCGGACCAGAGGAAUCAGUGUUUUAUUAUGAUACGGAGCCUUUCCCUCCUCAACAAGGCCGUUUCAAAAGCCGGGCUGUUUGGUCUGGGGACAUCCUGAGGAAAGAUGCCUCCAUCACACUGCAGGAUGUGCUUCCAACCUUCAAUGGCACCUACAUAUGCAAAGUCCACAACAAGCCCGACGUGCACGGCAGCAGCGGCGAGAUCAGCCUCCGUGUGGUGAACAAAGUAUCCCUCUCAGAGAUCAGCAUGCUGGCCUUAGCAGUGGGGGGUGGCAUAGUUUUCAUCCUGAUCGUCCUCAGCAUUGUUGUAACAGUGAAGCUCUGCAGGAAAAAGCGAAUGGACAGAGACAUUGAGAUGCAUGUCCCAGAAGAUCAGUGGAAGGACCCCACAGUGUGUAGCAAACCCGAGGCCAUUCAUUUAGUGUCAACGAAGAAAAAGGCCCAGAGCUCAGAUGAUGAAGAGUCUGAGGAGAGCAGUGGAGAUGACGAUGAUGAAGAGGAUGGAGAUGAAGAGGGUGAUGAUGACGAUGAUGACGAUGACGAUGACGGCGAUGAUUAUGGCGAUGAUGACGAUGACUAACUGUUUUUUUUUUUUUAAUGAAUAAAA